AUGGAGCACAUCUUCUCUGCCUCCGCAGAUAUAGAACUGCCUUCUUCUCGGCGAAGCUGCUGGCCUGCGAUUCUUCGCUAUAACCCGUUCUUACCCCCCCAAAUGUACAACGUCAGUCCAGACACCCCGGCUAAUCCUGUCGAUGUUUGCUAUAUCUCCACGGAGAAAUUGCCCUGGAAGGCGCUGAAUUGUUCCUCCACUUUGCAGUUCGGAAAGAUGAGCCUACCCCUGCGUAUGCCGAAAGCCCUUCUUCUCCAGUCCAAGCAAGGCUCCCUCGCGGUUGGUACAAUUGACGUACCGAAAGCCGGCCCCGGCGAGCUGCUCGUCAAGACAGAGUCGACUGCAUUGAAUCCUGCCGACUGGAAGGUCCAGAGCUAUGGCAUUUUCGUCACUGACUAUCCUGCAGUCCUGGGAGGAGAUGCAGCUGGUAUCGUAGAGGAAGUUGGAGAGGGCGUGAGUGGGUUUGCCGUCGGUGACCGUGUACUGACUGAAGGCAACAUCGAUAACGCACACGCCACUUUCCAGCAGUACUUCAUCGCUGUCGCCGACAUAACGGCGAAGAUCCCGAACAACAUCUCAUUCGAUCACGCUGCUUCGCUCCCCGCAUGCGUCGUAACCGCUGUGCUGGGCUUGUUCAACCAAGAUGAUCCGGCCAAAAGUGCGGCUUUGACGCCUUUCUGGGAAGAGAGUGGGAAGGGGAAAUAUGUCGGAAAGCCCAUUGUAGUCUUCGGUGGUGCUACUUCCGUGGGUCAAUACGUGAUCCAGGUUGCGAAGCUCGCAGGCUUCUCGCCCAUCAUCGGCACAGCAUCUCUGCAUAAUACCGACCUCUUGAAGUUUUUCGGCGCGACGCACGUCCUAGACCGCAAGCUUUCGGCCUCUGAGCUCGUCGCCGCCGUCGGCAAGAUUACGUCCGCUCCCGUGGAGUUGGUCUACGACACAGUGAGCGAGAGUGACACGCAGAACGCUGCAUACGAUGUGGUCGCCCCAGGUGGUACCCUUGUGAUCGUCCUACAAGAGGCGAUAGACUCUGCGAAGAAGGUCGCAGAGAAGAAGGUCGUGCAUGUGUAUGGAAGCGGACAUGCUGCCCAGAACCGCAAGACAGCGGCCAGCUUCUUCAGUAGGUUCACGGCUCUGCUGGAACAGGGUGCAAUUAAGCCGAACCGCGUUGAAGUUUUGCCCAACGGAUUGGCAGGUAUAGUCGACGGGUUGGAGAGGCUCAAGAAUAACCAGGUUAGCGGCCUGAAGCUUGUCGCGCACCCUCAGGAGGGAACCGCAUAG